AUGGAGAACGCCGCAAUAAUAAACAACAGGAGAGCGAGCGGAGUUAAGAAGACUCGGUUCACCACCGACGGCGAUGUGAAGGACUGGGUCGACAAUAAGAAAAUCUACCGACCAGAAGAUGGCUUUGACGAGCGGCAAGCUUUGGUGCAAAAUGAUGGACCGGCAGAUGACGUCGAAACCGCAUCGACCUCGACAUCAUCCAGCGAUUGUCAACCGCUAGCCCUGGAUGGAGGGUUUGGAUGGGUCAUCGUGCUGAUCUCAUUCUUCAUCCAUUUCAUCUGCGAUGGGCUGAGCUUCUCGUUUGGAAUGAUUUAUCCGGCGAUGCAAGAGACCUUCGACUCGGCUCGUCUUGGCGCCUCUGUAGUGGCUUCCUUCUACCUAGCAAUUCCACUACUUGGAGGACCCAUCGCGGGGACCUUAACUGAUAUUUAUGAUUGCCGCGCCACCACCAUUCUGGGCGGUCUCCUCGCCGGUGGCGGCACAAUAAUAGCGUGGGCCGGCCCGAACAACAUCUGGUUUUUUGGCCUUUUCUUUGGGAUUGUUACAGGAAUGGGUUUAUGUUUUUGCUACAACUCUGGAAUCGUCAUCGUUACAUACUACUUUGAAAAGCAUCGCGGGUUGGCUACAGCUCUAGCUGUUAGUGGAUCUGGAGCCGGAACGCUGGUGUUUCCGUGGAUUAUCGAAAAGGUGCUCGCCCACUACGACUUCUGGUGGGCCAUCCUCCUCUACGGUAUCACCUUCCUGUUCCUCGUGCUCCUCGGAAUUUGGAUGCGCGAUGUCGAGUGGCCGAACGAGACCACGGAGUACAAACGGAACAAAUUCCUGCGGAAACUCGACAAGAUGAAGGAGGACCGGGAGAGCGUUUGGAACGCUGAUCUCGCUGGGUUUAACACAUUGCUCCCGGUGCGAGAAGCGGUCCAAGAACGACCAAGACUCUCCAGAAGUAUGCCCGUUAUUCCGGUGUAUGCUGAUGAAUUUCUACAGAAAAUUGAACCAUCAAAUUCUAUCCAGUCAAUCCGCCAAGCCGUCCUCAACCUGCAGGACAACGUUACUAGAUCAAAAUCCUUUGGGUUAUUCCGGAACCCGGUCCCCAAACUGGACCUUCCACCGCUUCCGGAAGAUGAGGUUUUGACGGCAAAGCUUGAUCACCUUGAUCUACAGACUUCAACUUCUCCCUACAACACCAUCACCUCAAAGAGCAGAACUCGAAUGUACUCCAAUCACAGUAUGUCGAUGGAUGCGCUCGAUCAGAUGGAAAUUCAUAUGGGCGCAAUGACAGAACUUGGACCCUCAUCUGGCUCCAGCAGUGAUUCGGCUCUGUCGAAUGAUGGGGAUUCAUCGAGUUCAGAGUUGUCGGAUCACAUUUUGACGAAGCAGUCGAGUCAACCUCGUGAACUCUCCAUUGUCCAACCAUCAAAUGCUCCCGCAAAAAUUGUCAACGUCGAUAGCGGAAUCGUGAUGAAGUGGGAUCGACAGGGAGUUGGAAUGCCAGGCCAGUUGAACCAGACGGCGCGUGGUAUCCGCACAUCCAUGGUGGCACACUCUCGUGUCCCGGCUAGUAACGCAACUGGUUUAAGGUAUAUGGCACUCCGAGAUUCAUUCCGGGGUCUUCGCUCAAAAGUACCAUCGGCUCCUACGCUUUUUGUGAAAAAGAAGAAGAAGAAGACGCUGAAGGACGUGCUGCACUUGAAACAGAUGAAAACCACGAUCACCGACACGGCCAAGGAGUACUGGCGCCUCGCCACGGACUGGCGCUUCUCCGCCUACCUCUUUUCGAUCUUUCUGCUCUACAUGUUCUAUGAUAUCCCAUACGUCAACUUCCCCGAAUUUGUCGAUGAACAUCUUGGAGUUCCGCUCAGCCAGGCUUCAAGUCUUGUCGCCGGUAUCGGAGGGUUCAACCUGAUUUCAAUGUUUUUCUGCGGGUUUUUGAGUGAUCGAGGAUGGAUUAAGGAGCAUCUAUUCCUUGUUUACGGAGUCAUGAUUUCGUUGUGCGGUGUGUGCCUUCUGCUGUCAACGAUCGCUCAGGAUUACAGAUUUAUGCUGGCCAUUUCUUGGCUAUACGGCUUCUUCAUCGCUUCUAACUACGUACUCGGAUCCGUGUUGCUCUGUGAGCUGAUGUUUGUCUCAGAUUUCCAGAAUGGAUACGGAUUCUUGUCGAUGACCCAGGGUAUCGGGAAUCUCAUUGGACCGGCGUUAGUUGGUUGGGUUCGCGAUGCUACCAACAGCUACCAAGUGAUGUUCAUCGUCGGUGCGGUCGGGAUGAUAAUUUCUGGGAUCAUCUGCAUUGGAAUCCACGUCUCCUGGGAGGAUGAAGAUGAGGAGACGGAAAAUAGUCGUAAACCUUCGAAGAAACUCUCCACCUCCAAUGUCCACAACGCUGAGGAAGGCAAGCUCGAUGAAAAACCGAGAAAUGGAAUUCUUUUGAGCCCA